AUGAAACGUGACCACGUUUUAAAGGGGGCUAGGCCUUUAUCUAGCCAAAAUAUCUUUGCGUUGUUAAUAAAAGUCGUUAUAGCGACGCAAUGUUUGCUAUUCGCAAAAGUAGACGGUUAUCGCACGGGGACAUUUCCGAAUUACACUUUUGGACAUCCGAAUACAGGGCAUAUUCAGAGCAGAUUGCCUAGAAUUACACAUGAUAACGAAUCAACGAACGUUUUAACCCCUAGAAAUCAAGAAUACUACGAUUCGCCGGCGAAUAGUCUGUCUUCAGAUGAACAUAUCUUGGCUAUGCUAUGCUUCGAUAGAUAUAAAUAUAUAUUAAUGCGUGGAAUAUCCAAAUUGUUGUUGGAUCCACAUUUCACUAGGAGAAAUGCUCUCUUCCUCUACAAGGAUGACGAUUCUGUCGCUUUUGCGCACAAUUGUUUGCUAGAACGUCUUGAUUCUGACCUAAAGAUUAAUCGGAUUGACUCUAAACACGCCAUAAUUUGUGAAGACGCAUUCAUUACAAUAGCAACUCAUGACGCCUUUUUGCGCUGCUACACAUUAUGCCACGGUUCAUUAUCCUCUCAACUGUCGCCAGAGAUGGAGCUAUUGAUGAAAAAGUACCCCAAAAUCUCCUUUGAUAAGAUGGAAUGCAUAUAUAUCAAUGGCAGCCGUUUUGAAGUACCUGAUGAUAUCCUGAUUAGGACACAAUUAAGCAGGAUAAUGAACAUCUAUUUAAAAGAUGUAAAGGAUUUACCACGCACAAAAUAUGAUACUACUGCAGAACCUACUUUGGAUGUCGAAUUCCUUUCUCCAAUUAGUUCCUGGAUAAACUCUGUUCAUGUACAUUGGAGCACGGUAGCACACAAUGCAGCGAGUGGUAACAAGGAUAUCGUAAUGCUCUCUGAUUUUUCAAUAAAAACUAAUGCAAACAAAGAUUUACAAUGUAAUGUUGAUACACCUUUAAUCCCUCUACUAAAUAAAACUUGCAGAUUUUUUGGUCUAACAGACGCUGUUUAUAAUCCUCAGCAUGUUAGAAAUUGGUUAAAAAAUGUUAUAGGGGAUACAAGAAUAGUCUCACUGAGGGCAUCGCCAUCAUUUAAAGUUGUCAAUUCUUUGGGAGAAUCCCUACUUUUUGAUGCAUCACUUCCAACAGCAUCCAAAACUCUAGAAAAAAUUUGUUAUUCAAAGGCUAGUGUGAAUCCAGAACGGGUAGUUGAAUACGUGAAAAAAAAAUCAAAUGCGAUUGCAUCGUCACCUAUUCACGCAAAAUGCAAUGCAAUGGCAGCCGAACUAAUUACUAAAGCUUUGGAAUCCGUUGGAAUUGACACAUUGAAUAAGUUGAAGCAUGAUUCGUCCAUUUGGUCUUCAAUUAAAGGUUGGGAUGAAAAUAAACAAUUUUUAGAAGCUGAUGGUGAUAAAAUAAGUAUAAAAACGGUAAUUCACAACAUGGUAGACUUGGGAUCCAAGCGUCUCUGUAGAAAUAUAGUUAAAAGAACUAGAAUAGAGUCGGCUAUAAAAUCUAUUGAAAGCCUGUCAUUAGAAUCAUUGAUAAAAUAUAUAAAGGAACAAAACGUAUAUCCUGUUGUAAUUUAUAACUUUGAUACGGGUAUACCUAAAAUUGCAGCGCAGCUGGAAAGUCUACUUUCCAAUGAUUCGGAUAUCACAGCAAGAGUAUGGACCACUAACUUAGAUUUAGAUCCACUUAGGUCCAAUUUGCUUGCGAAAUCAUCCGCGUUCAUACGUGGAGGUGAUCACACAGCAUAUCGCAAAUUUGUAUUCAAUAAUAUAGCACACCUUAAAAUUGUACUGACAGACGAUAUCAUACCAGGCGGAAAACAUUACAUUUUCUUCAGUUCAAAUGGGUCGUGUGACAACUCUUAUGACAUUGUUGACAUGUCAAAUGUGGAUAUAUACAGUUAUACAUCAGGUGCAAACCUGGUCACAUUUACAUUUGGUCUCACCUCCAAAAUUCCGUCAAUCGCAGCUGGUAUAUAUUCACCAAUCUAUAUAAAUCUAAAAAACCUCAAACUCCCGAUUUCUGAACCAAGAGAUGAGAUUUCUAAAAGGGGCUUUUGCGAAUACCUGAAAAGGUGUAAGGAAAAAUUUGAUCAAACUUACAUGGGUGAUAUCUUGUCUAGAAGACGGUUAGAAGAUAAACUAGAAGAGUAUUUUAAAAAGCAUGGAUUAGACGUGGACAGAUUAACAUAUAUAGAUAAAAAACUUUCAUACGCGAAAAAAAAACUGACUUCAGGUUUUAAUUCUGCAGUAUAUAUAAAUCAUAAACGACAAGACCUAAUAUAUGGGAUGUACAAAUCUCUCGAUAUAGUUGGAAACACUAUUCUAGGGUGUGAUCAUGAAAAAUACACUGUGAAAUACUUUGGAAAUUCCCCUCUGGAUCACAUUAACGGUAUUAAGGAAAAGGACAGGGAAAAAAUGGCUGAAUGUAAAUUAGAUGAGGCAUUCUUACUUGAAAGUGAAAACGGGUACUACCUAAUUACAAAUGCCCGUUUUGUUAAGGAUGUUUUGUCCUUUGAAAAAUCACCUACAGAUCCAAUCACUCUCCAAAGUUACAAGUAUGAGUGUGGAGAGACUAUUUUACAAGAAGAUAAGUUAUUUAGCAAGCCGUUAACCUUUAAUAUACCAUAUAUUUUGAUUAACACGAAAGGGAAAACUCAUAGUAUGGAGCCGAUUUUGGAGUGUCCAAUUCCCUCCAUGGAGACUUUAACCAAAUAUACAGAGCUAACCAAGCGUCUAACUGAAGAACGUGAUGAUAUGAUUAGAAAAAUCAGUCUGCUUGAUUCGCCCUCAUUUCUGCCUGAAGGAUAUGAUUUAAAUUCAGUUCUCGAUUUGUACAGAAAUUUAGAAUCACAUACCAACCACGGCGGUUUAGAGGAGGUUUUAACUAGGAACCAAAUCUCCGAGACUAUCUGGGGAAAGUUAUAUAGUGAAAAUACUGAUAUAGACAAAUCUGCAUCUACUGAAUGA